AUCAUUUUCGGCUAAUUGCUUUAUUUUAAUAUUUUCACCAUUUUAAGUGCUUAUUUUGUGUUUCUAAUAUGUUAGUAUUUAAUUUUCAUUACUAACGGUUGAUGUCACAAUUUAUUUGUGAAUGGGGGGUUCCCCCAGUUACAGAUAUCACGUAGUUCCGGACACGUUUACCAAAACGCUGCACAUUCAUGCGCCGUACGUGCUACAGAUAACGUUAUUUCAGCUAAUACUGACUUUAGGUGACCACGUGUUACUUUUAAACCAUGGGAAAGAAAAAGAACAAAAGUAACAAAGCUCCGGCGGGUCCGUGCAUGGUCGGGAUGACGAUUAAUCACGUAAAACCGAAGAACAAGCGCCAGUCCGAACCAGUAAAUCCGAAGAAGCCUAGGAGUGCCUCUCCAAGAGCUUCACAGCAAGGUGAACCUGCUCCAAGUGCUUCGCAGCAAGGUGGACUUGCUCCAAGUGCUUCAGGCUCAACCACCAAUGUUGAGAUACAAUCAUGCGGUGAUGACAGUGGUUUUGAUGCCCCACAACUAAACUCUGAUUCACCUAAUCAAACUGUGCAGCAGCAGGACGGUAUUAAAUGCUACUCUGAUAACAGCACUGCAGACCAGAUGUACAAGCUUCAAUUGUCUGAGAUUGACGAAACAAGUCAAGGUACCAAGCCACAAAUGGGGAACGAAAAUAAUUGGGACGAACAAAAUUAUGACGACGUUGAGUUCAAAUCUGAUGCUGAGCCCAAUGUUGGCCCAACAGGUAAGCCCCAACAAUUAAAUCCAGAGGCAGCAGGAUGGGGUCCAAUUGAAUGGUCGAAUAACAAUUCUAGCAAGUCUUUUAGGGAAGAUGACAGGCAUCAUCAACAUGUUAAGAAAUCUGAUUUUAAUAAAUUUUCAUCCAGUGAGUCACAGUGGCCUUCUCAUCGUUCAGAUAGAUAUUCUGAUAGGGAAGAUGACUGGCGUCAUCAACAUGCUAAGAAAUCUGAUUUUAAUAAAUUUUCAUCCAGUGAGUCACAGAGGUCCUCUCGUCGUUCAGAUAGAUAUUCUGAGCCAAACAAUUAUAGGGGAAAAAAUUCAGACAAAAUUAAUGACGAAUAUGAAAAGUUCGAUAAAAUUUAUAAAGAAACUAAGGAGUACGAUUGCCACAAAGUGAAGGAGCAGUUUGGGGAUUUGUUUGAGAUGGGCAAGGAGUAUGCUCUAGCCCACUGUGUGGCUGAGGACAUGAACAUGGGCAGUGGAAUUGCUGUGCAAUUCAGGAAGGAUUUUAAACGUGUGGGAGACCUCCUGGAUCAACGACAGUCCCAAGGUGGCCUGGCAGUCCUGGAAAUCGAUAAUCGUUACAUUUAUUACCUGGUGACGAAGAGGGAGUCGUCCGGCAAGCCCACCUACGAGAAGUUCUUCGAGUCUUGCAAGAAGUGGCGUGACCACGUGCGAGACAACAACGUCAAGAGAAUCGCCAUACCCAGAAUUGGAUGCGGUCUGGACCGUCUGGAAUGGGAUAAAGUUAAAUUCAUGUUAGAAUAUUUGUUCAAGGAUGUUGACUGUGAAAUUACAGUCUGUAACUUCCAACAGGGAGAGGACGAUCAAGUGGCUCCUGCUAAAAUUAAAAACUGCAAGGUGGUGCAUGAGACUUACCCAAUUGUGGAUAUAGCACAAAAAACCAUCAUUUUAUAUUUGUGCAGUGAAGAUGGACAUGUCACCAAAGAAAUGGAGCAACUGGACAAUAAAUUCAGGUUCUUGGACCACUUCAAACGACAGAACAAAGUACUGGGUCAAUGCAUAAGAUUUGAUAGGACCAAGAACUACAUCCUCUAUGGCUGCACUGUGAGGAAAGGGAAGAAUGAUGACUUCCAGUUCGGUGCGUUCGAAAAAUGCCUUCGUGAAGUUCAGAAGAAGAACAACAAUGAUAAAUACUAUUAUGUGGGAAUACAAGCUGUUGACAGUCGUGAUCAGUUGUUAAAUCUGAAAAUAAUCAACUUAUUAAGGAACCUAAUGAGGAAUGUGGAGAUUUAUGUUUGUUGGCCUGGCGAGUUGGAGAGUCAAAUUCCAGACAAGAACAGGAAUUACUAAUUUUUACCCUCUUUGACAAUUACAAUCAUAUAUUUUAUAAUGUGUACUCAAAAUUAAAAUUUCAUUCUAAGUCUUAAGCAUACUGGUUUAUAAAAUAAAGUUUAACUACA